AUGGAUAUUGACACAAACAUUUCUGUCACUGCUGCAGCACUUGGAGGAUUCAUUUUACUUUAUGGCGUAUGUUCACUUGUCAUCAAGGAAAAACUAUACAUAUCUGAAGCAUGUGAGAUCACAGAUUAUACAAUCUUGUCUUUGACCCCUAAACUUUACAUAGUCGUUGCUGUUCUUUAUGGUAUCAUCUGUGGUCCGGUUGGGAACAAUUGGAUUAAUAUGGAUCAAUGGGCAUCUAAACAAGACUUUUUACGACAGUUUACAAGAAUAGUUAUUGCCAUCCAAGUCAUGGCAGCAGGAGUCUCACUACCAAAAGCCUAUUUACGUAAAGAGGCCAAAUCAUUAUUUAUGUUGCUUGUUCCCGUCAUGAUAUUCAUGUGGCUCGUCAGUGGACUCUGUGUACAAUACUUUUUCCCUUCUCUUAGUUUUCUAGAAUCGCUCUUGAUCGCCUCCUGUUUCGCACCCACAGAUCCUGUGCUUGCAAAUUCUAUCGUUCAAGGGCAUUUUGCAGAAACGCACGUUCCACGCAACAUUCGUAAUCUGAUUGUUGCUGAGAGCGGGGCGAACGAUGGUCUAGGGUACCCUUUUCUUUUCUUGGCGAUCUACCUUUUACAGAUACCAAGCAAACCUGAAGCUAUUUAUAAAUGGGCCGGGAGUAUCAUGGGUUAUGACAUUGGGCUUUCCAUCGUCGUUGGAUUUGUCACGGGAUACAUGGCUAGAAAGCUACUGCGUCUGUCCGAAGAGAGGGAAUGGAUCGACAAGGAGUCAUUUUUGGUCUAUACUAUUGCGCUUACUCUAUUUUUGAUGGGAAGUGUUGGAUUAAUCGGAAGCGAUGAUCUCUUGGCAUGCUUCAUUGCUGGAAAUGCCUUCACUUGGGAUGAGUGGUUUAAAGAAGAGACAGAUGAUGCACGCAUAACGGAGGUUGUAGAUAUGAUGUCGAACCUGAGUAUAUUUGUAUUCAUUGGCAUAACGAUGCCUUGGAAGCUAUUUGUCAAAGUAGGUAUUACGAAAUUGCUUGGUCUUGCCAUCGGUGUGUUAUUGUUUAGAAGGCUACCUAUUGUUGUUGGAUUAUACCAUUAUAUACCCGGCAUAUCGAACUGGAGACAGGCAAUCUUUAUGGGCUGGUUUGGGCCGAUCGGAGUAGGAGCGUUAUUCUACUAUACAAUGGCAAUUGAAGAAAAUAUUAACGAUAACGUACGUACGCUGAUGGAGCCGAUCAUAUACUUUAUGAUAUUAUCAUCUGUUGUCAUUCAUGGUGUCACAAUCCCAUUGUUUUAUCUUGGAACUAUAGCAUCAAAGACUAUAACAAGCACUCUAUCGCACACAAUCAGUCAGAACAAUGGCAAGACUUUAAACGAUGUAAAUAAUAACACUACCAAUAGCAGUAUUAAAUAA